AUGGAUGCGGUGAAUCCUUCAUUGCUGCAGACAAAAAGCGUGAAAAGGCAACAACACUACACGCUCACCCUCCUGGACCAGCUGUUCAAGCAUAUACCCCCUCAGAUGACCAUAGGACUUCUCUAUGACAUUGGAUGUCAACUCGAACGAAGCUGCCAAAAAUGGAAUCUUCUCGACAGCAAUACCCUAUCACACAUAUAUUUCACUGUCGUGAUCAUCUACCACCCGAGGAAGUGCGAGGGUUUUGGAUUUUCUCUCAAGCAACUCAUCCCAUCGUUACACGUUUCUGGGUUCCAUCAAUGUCUCUUCGUCCUCAAUGCUCAAAUUCGCCACCUGGACACAAAAUCCAUCCAAGGCUAUGGGCAUUGGCUCCAUUGGCGAUGGCUACAUCGUCAGACAAAGAAGAACACAACUCUGGACGGUUUACUGGACUUAGAUGUCAAUGAGGAUAUCCUUCGGCAAUCCAAGAACAAGGUGGCGGAGGUUAUUACCACUAUUCUUGCACUGGAGAAGACCCUGGACACUCACAAGACUUCUGUCCGUGAGCUAGAGAUGCAGCUUUAUGUAGAUAUCCUCCGACAUUGUAAAGCUACUCUUGGACCGCAAGGACAGGCCGAUCUUAUGACAAUGAAGAACAACAUCUACCUUACAAUCUGCUUGAAUGCUCAUGCAGUAAAAACUCGUAUUCGGGACCAUCUCCAUCAACGCAAAUUUGAAUUGGAGAGGCUAGAGAGGUCAUAUCGAGCAACAGUAAAUGAUACGUUACUGCUAUUUUGCCUUAAUUUUUUAGCAUGUCUCAUGUAUUGUUAA